AGCUUAUUAAAAUUGCAAUACUUUUUGUUGGACAAUAUGUCCUCGGAAGAAUUAGCAAUAGUUUUUGUUGCGAUAUCACUAAGGUCUAUCAUAUCAAUGAGUUCCUACUCUGGACUUAACAAGCCGCCGAUGUUUGGUGAUUAUGAAGCUCAGCGACACUGGCAGGAAAUUACAUUUAAUUUAGAAGUAAAACUGUGGUAUACUAAUAGUACGCUCAAUGACCUACAGUAUUGGGGGCUAGAUUAUCCACCCCUUACAGCAUAUCACAGUUAUUUACUUGGUCAUGUAGCAGAGAGACUUAAUCACAGCUAUGUUGAAUUACACAAGAGCAGAGGUAUUGAAUCAAAGGAGCACAAGAGCUAUAUGCGCUUUACAGUUUUAGCAGCGGACGCUUUAAUUUUUAUUCCUGCUAUAUUGGCUCUGUCUAAUUGUAUGGAUCGUACUUUUAAAAAAAACUUGAGGCAAAAAAUGCAACUACUCUUUGCAAUAUACCCAGGACAAAUGCUAAUAGACAAUGGACACUUUCAGUACAAUAACAUGUCGCUUGGACUCGCAUCUGUAGCUGUUGCUGCUUUGCUGUGUGAUCGAAAUUACGUUGCCGCUUUUACAUUUACGUUGGCUUUGAAUUAUAAACAAAUGGAAUUAUACCAUUCCUUGCCGUUUUUUGCUUACCUCCUGAGCACAUCUUUAUUUAAAAAAAGGUAUAUAUUUA